CGGCGGGUCACAGAAGCACAGAGCAGCGCUAUAACGAAGUGAAAAUCGUAAAAAAACGUUGGAAGACUUUGAGAGACAAUUUCAAAUGAGAAUUGUUGAAACAGCAACAAAACAAGAGUGGAUCUGGCGCCAAAAAGGGAAGGAUGUAUUGCCACUAUCAUGAACUGGAGUUUUUAAAACCGGUCAUGCAAGAGAGACAAACUGAUAACAAUUUUACAAGCGAAAGCGAGGAUGAUUUGCUUUCAGAAAAUCGUGAGUCAAAUACUCCAAGCGACAUUCAGCGAGUGGAAGAGGAUGUGGAUGACCCAGACACUCCAGAGCCCACAAGAAGAAUAACCACAAGAGCUAAAAAUGUUAAAAAAAAGCACAGUCAAGACUUUAUUGAUGUAGUGAGAAACCUUAUAGAUGGUCAUAAAUCAGAAAAUAACGAAAUUGCAGCAUUCACUAAAAGCUUGAUCCCACAAAUGGCAGAGGUGAGAAAAGAUUUACAAUGCGACCUGAGGAUUGACAUUAUGAAAAUAAUAAAAUCCUAUCAGCUGAAAAGUAAUGCUCAUAGUGCACGUGGCCAACCCUUGGAAAACAUGAGCCAACCAAUUCUGCAAAAUAAUCAAUGGGAGGAAUCAGGUUUUCGACCGUUCAGCUCAAAUACGAAUCCCCAAUUUAACCAAAGAUUUCCUGCCCCAUAUGACUUGCCCACGAAUUACUAUCCAGAUCAUCGUCAUCCUCCACCUCACCCUCCUCCUCCCAGUACUCCUCAGCCAAACAACAGUAGAGAUGAUAUAAACUCCCACCUCUAUUACCAUGAUCUUUAGUUUGAUUUAAAAGUUUGGUUAAUUAUUACUACAUUGGUUACAUCAUUUUUGGGAUUUCAUUUUGGAUAAAUAUUUCCCGAUUUUUUUUUUUGUUAUUGUUUAAACUCAAAUGUUCUUGAAGUUCACAGUUUAUGAAUAGUUUAUGAAUAAAGGUUAAAACUUUUAAAGUUUAUAAAUAAAGAUUUAUAUUUUAAACUAUUUAA